UACUCGUUUCCGGAAAUUUCGUACAAGUCUGUCGGUCGUCUUUUUCAAUGGAGAGAUCUUUUGUGUCGUCAACAGAGCUUUGAGUUUUGGUGAACUCAUUUUUGGAGAGUUCAACGUGCAUCUGAUUUUUGAUAGGUUAAUAGGGAAGUAGUAUUAAUUAAAACAAUAUAAAAAAUCCAGAAUAAUGCCUUCAGCGGCAAACGUCAAAACUGACAAGCAUUCUAGCCCCGAUGGUAGUGGUGCUCCGGAAAAUUCGGGUUCCCUUACACCUUUGAGGCAAGCUAUUACCAUUAUAGAACACAAAAUUAGAAAUUUGGAAAAGAGAAAGUCCAAAUUAGAAUCUUACCGAGAUUUGCAAAAUGCUGGAAAGGAAUUGAAUUCUGAUCAAAAGAUUGCUGUUGCCAAAUAUGACGAAGUGGUGCAGACCUUGGAAUUCGCCAGGGAUCUAUGCAAACAGUUCCUCGGAAUUGCGAGUAAUUCAGAAAAAGAAGCCAAGAAACAGGCGAAAAAGGAGGCUCAACAAAAAAGUCAGGCCGAACUUGCGAGGUUGAGGGAAAUCCUUCUGGUGCAAGACGCUCUAAAUCAAAUGGGAAAUGAGGCUGUACGGGACGAUUUCCUACAUGGGAGGAAUGGAGCUGCCCAAUUGAAUGAGAGUGAUCUUCAGUUAUUGGAUGACAUAUACCCUGCUGUUACCCCAAAACAUGAAAGUGGGAACCCCACAGCAUUCACCAACGAAGUUCAGGCAGCCGCUGAGCAUCUUUUAGCAGUUGUUGAUGGCAAACCAAAAGAAGUGUUCGGAGGUACCUACAGCCAAGUUAAGGAAAUUCUUGGAAAAAUUCACGAAAGUGGCUAUUUCGAUCAAGCUCCAGAUUAUGUGGAACCAGCUGUGAUCGAGGGGGAUGAGGGAGUUUACGUACAGGAAGAACAGGAACAAUUCAUUGAAACUGAACAGCAACACAAUUUACAAGAAACCGUUCCUGAUAACCUGAUGCCAAUACCGUCCCAACCACCGCAUGAACCCCUCAACAUGGAUCAGCCUAUUCCGCCGGAACAGAUGUUCUACCAACAGCAGCCGCCUAACCAGCCCCCGAUUCCUCUGCAGAGGCCUAUCGCUGAGAUGUUGAAUACUGGAACAUUCUUCUUCCUUCAGGAUUCGGAAAUCGACAAUACCCCCCUAGAACAGAUUCCUAGUCAGACGUACACGAAUCAGAACUACGUAAAUCCUCCACCCCCACCAAUUCCGUUACCCACGCAAUACCACCCGCUAGGCAACAAUCUGCCGCCUCAGCUGCAACAGCAACAGCCUACCGCGAUCUCCAACAACGGCUUAGAAGACCCCAACAUGAACAGCCCGCAGGCCGAUUCGUUGAAACAGCUACCGAACAUGACGGGGAACAGGCCGCCAAGGAAUAACUACUACCAACAGCAGAACAGCAACAACGGCAACUACAACAACAGGCCGAGGCAAAACCGUAACAACGGCAUGCCCAGGCAGGGAAACAAUAGGAAUAAUUGAGAUGAUGAACCGUGGGAUAUCUUUGAUGGAAAUCGACAUAAUUCAGUGACAGAUAGUCAUUAUUGAAUCCUACUUUAUGUUCGGUUAAAAAUUUUUUUUUCUUUAAUAUUUUUUAGUAAUUCUGUGAUUCAGAUUGAAAUUGAACAGUGCCUCGGUUUCACAAUUAAAUUUAGACGCGAUUGAGGGAGGCUCGUACAAUUCAAUAUUGAAAUUCCGGAGUGAUCUUCGACAAUCAGUUGUAUUAAAUUUUUUUUCCAUUCGGCUACCCAUCAAGCAAAAUUUCUCACGAAACGGCCUCGUGUAAUGAUUCAUAUGUACAAAUAAAAUUUAACUUUUCAAUUAAAGGAAUAUUUAUACAUGAAAAAUAUUUAACGAUGACUAGUGCCUAUAUAUGCAUGCGUUUUUUAAUUUUAUUCGUACAUUUCCUGUCGUUGGUCAUCCACUUUGUUCUUUCAUUGUUAUCCUGCAAUGAAUAAUUGUGAAAGCAAAUUCGAUUUGACUUUUUCCGUUGUGUUCCUUUCGUUCAUUAUGUUCGGACAUAAUUGAAGUAAGAUUUGCAGUUUUAACUUUCAUUUUCGAUAUGAAAUUCGACGGGUUCCUCAGCAUUUGGUGGCACAAUUAUUAUAAUUAGGAUAAUAAACAGGUUUUUUCAUUUGAAUAAAACAUUAAGUUGUAAAAUAGUAUUAAUAUCAUUGAAUAUCUAUGACGAAUGAUAUCCUUAUAUGUAUUAUUUCCUUUGUUUCUUCAUUUUUUUAUAAUUGUGAGUCUUAUUGGGAUAAUAAAAUUUUUACCAUACGAGAAGGAAUUUUUCAGAUCUUUUCCAUUGUCAGGGUAUUAUAACGCCAGUUCUGCCGAGUUUUUUAUAAUUUUUUAUUCAUUAAUGAGAUCUUUGUUGUUGAAGGGUGUCAAUGAAUCAAGUAACUGUAAAAUAAAUUUAAUGCAAAUGA